AUGGCAGUCAGAUGUGAAGAGGGCAAGUUGCGGAGUUCUAUUUGUUCCGUGGGCUUGUCGUUGGCUGCCCUUGUGAAUAGAGGUGGUCACAACAUCCGAAUAGCCAACAUGCGGGAACCGUAUCGCAGCCAACACUCUUGGACGGCCUCGAAGCCCUUGUCCCAAUGCAGCAGCGACACACCAUUGCUGAAGCAGCGGCACAUGUCAGUUUCUCGGACACGAUCCCAAGGCAGCCCGUAUGGCAACAAGCGGACAGGGCAGGAACAUACAGACAGGCGGUCGAAGAAGCGCACCUGCAGCAUUCAGCACGGCGUGACGGUGUCUGACCACGGAGAGAAAGUCACAUGGUCCGGUUAUUGGGAAGAGCGCCAACGCAAAUUGGAAUCCCAAUCCGUUGAUGGUGCCUUGUUUGGCACCCUCUCUUCACGAAUUGCCCGAGAAAAUCCAGAAGCAGAGCACGCUUCCUGUUCUCAAAUUUUCAAGCACUGCUGCAUUUACUUCGAUGGUCGCGUCGAUAUUGGAGGUGGCAUAUCUGCAUACGCCCUCAGCAAGGUGGCUCGUUUGCACGGCGCGACGGUUACUCCCAGGCUGGCGAAACGAAGCGUGACGCAUGUAGUUUGUACCCAGCUCAGUGGUGCAAAAGAGAUGAAGGCCUUGCGGGACGCCAGCUCAGCCCAUGCUGUGGCCCAGUAUGUGGUCCAGCCAUCUUGGAUCACGGAAUCUGUCGCUGCCGGAAGGAGACUUCAAGAAAGGCAGUUUUCGCUCAUGAUGAAGAUUUCACACCAUUUUGGUUUGAACACUUUGGGCAGUAGCAACGGAGCAGGCUCUGGUCAUCAACAUUGGACCCUUCGAAAGGGGCAGCAGCACAUGCAAGUUUCCCAGUUCCAACUCCAAGUUACCAAUAGCGCAAAGAAGAAUGGCGCUGCCGCCGCAGCUACCGCCCCAGACACACAUGAUCGUCGAGACCAUCAGCUUGUUCUGAUCUCUGACAGCCCUCCAGCCAGCCUUCCGAGCCCUCAGCGAGCCGGAGAUUACCUCAGUACUUCGAAGUCUGCGGAAAAUCCCGAGAUGCCUGCCACGGCUCUUGACAGUGAGGACGAAACAGAGCUGGACAGUGAUGCUGAGCAAUAA